CAUGAAACACUAGUUCUAAUUAUGCAAAGGAAUAAUUUGCUAGAGAAUUUACGUAAAUUUGGCAUGAUAAUUGUUUUCACGCCAGCUGGAUGUUUUCUGGGGUGUUACUCCGUGGUUGAACGAAACAGCAAGAUAAUGAAGUGAAAAACGUUCCCCUAGCUGCUCCUCCCUGCAAAAAACCGGGUUAUUUCCUCAUUUCAUGGACUAUGCUUAGGUUCCCCUCCAGAAAAGGAACCCUUAAACGUCGGUUAGGAGCAGGCGGGGCAGCUGCGCCGCGAGCGCACCCCGCCAAACGAGGAGGAACGUGCAGCGGCCUCUAUGUGGGACGUCCCCGGGUCGCGAUGGUGCCGCCUAGCGGGGGCACGCCGCGUAGCUCCGGGCCUGAGGGCCCCUCGCCGCUCCCUGCCUUGUCAGGCGUGUAACGGGGGCGGGACAGAGACACGGAACACUGUGACAUGUGGCGCGUGGGGCUCUGCCGGGCGCGAUCCCGUACCGGCCCGGAUCCCCGUCCGGCCGCUGCCGGGAUAGUUACGAAGCGUGAGCGCGCCGUCUCGCUGCUCUCGUCACGAGGAGCGCGCCUCACCGGGUGCGGGCGCGUCGGCCAAUCGCAGGGCUCGCUGCGGAGCCCCGUCCCGAGCGGUGGGAGCGGCGCUGGCGGCAGCCAUGCUACCCGCGCGAGGGGCGGGGCCAGCGGGGGAAGCGCGGGAGGAGCUUUCGGGGGGCGGGGCCUGUGUGGAGAGCGGUUUCGGGGGUUUCGCUCCGGCAGAGCCCGGCGCCGCUGCAGCCAUGAUCCACAGCCUGUUCCUGAUCAACGCCUCGGGGGACAUCUUCCUGGAGAAGCACUGGAAGAGCGUCGUCAGCCGCUCCGUCUGUGACUACUUCUUUGAGGCACAGGAACGGGCCUCGGAGGCGGAGAACGUGCCGCCGGUGAUCCCCACGCCCCACCACUACCUCCUUAGCGUUUACCGCCAUAAGAUCUUCUUCGUGGCCGUCAUCCAGAGUGAGGUGCCGCCGCUCUUCGUCAUCGAGUUCCUGCACCGUGUCGUGGACACGUUCCAGGAUUAUUUUGGUGUCUGUUCAGAGGUAAUAAUCAAGGACAAUGUUGUGGUGGUUUAUGAGGUGCUGGAGGAGAUGCUGGACAAUGGCUUUCCAUUGGCAACAGAGUCUAAUAUACUUAAGGAACUGAUAAAGCCUCCUACUAUUCUGCGAACAGUCGUCAACACCAUCACAGGAAGCACUAAUGUGGGUGACCAGCUUCCCACUGGACAGCUCUCUGUGGUGCCUUGGAGACGUACUGGUGUAAAAUAUACCAACAAUGAGGCCUAUUUUGAUGUGAUUGAGGAGAUAGAUGCAAUCAUUGACAAAUCGGGUUCCACGAUUACUGCUGAAAUACAAGGAGUGAUUGAUGCUUGUGUCAAGCUGACUGGGAUGCCAGACCUUACUCUCUCCUUUAUGAACCCUCGGUUAUUGGAUGAUGUCAGUUUUCACCCAUGUGUGCGUUUUAAGCGCUGGGAGUCAGAGAGAAUACUCUCCUUCAUUCCACCUGAUGGAAAUUUCCGCUUGCUGUCCUACCAUGUCAGUGCUCAGAACCUUGUGGCAAUUCCUGUCUACGUUAAGCAUAACAUCAGUUUUCGUGAUGGCAGCUCCCUGGGACGGUUUGAGAUCACAGUGGGGCCAAAGCAGACUAUGGGGAAGACUGUAGAGGGAGUGAUGGUCACUAGCCAGAUGCCAAAAAGUGUCUUAAAUAUGACCCUUACACCCUCCCAGGGAACACAUGUCUUUGAUCCAGUUACAAAGUUACUGUCAUGGGAUGUUGGGAAAAUAAACCCCCAGAAACUGCCGAGUCUGAAAGGGAGCGUGAGUCUGCAAGCUGGGACAUCAAAACCAGAUGAAAAUCCCACCAUUAACCUGCAGUUUAAAAUUCAGCAGCUGGCUAUAUCUGGACUGAAGGUGAAUCGCCUGGACAUGUAUGGGGAGAAGUACAAGCCAUUCAAGGGGAUAAAAUACAUGACUAAGGCUGGCAAGUUCCAAGUCCGAACCUAGAGGCUCCUGAUAGUGAGGAAGAGCACUUUUCCUGUUUCCCCUGUCCCUUGGCUGAUGGAUCCCAUCCAUCUGUUUAGGGUUGCUCUCUUGUCUGUAGUAGCAUAAGCAGGAAAGCCAGUGCUCAGAGUGCUGGAAAACAGGGAAAAGUAAGGUUGACCUGAUACCACCUCAUUCCUACUUGAGUCUGAAGUAUUUGGAACCAUAGCAGAUGGGAGAGUUGCUCAGGUCCCUUAUGAUUAGUGAGUCAGCUAUGUAAGCUUGUAUCACCAUCAUUUUGCUGUCUUAGAGGAAAUUCUAGGGAUUUAUGGCCUUUUGUAGCUCCUUUUCAUGUAUUUUGUUUGUUUUUUAUCCCUUUGUAGAUGAUACUAAAUUGAAUUUCCACAAACUUCAGUAUGAUGAUCCAGCAGCUGCCUUCUUGGAUCACUGGCUGUUAGGGUAGAAAACAUCUAUGUAGUUCUGAAGAACUGUGUAGUUCUUUCCAGCAGGGAGAAUAUCUAGGUGUUCUGCUUCAAAAGGUCUGGAAGAAGUGGAAGGGUAGAUUGUUCCACCCAGGAUGGGAAGUUGAGAAGCCUGAAAUUGGGAAUGUUGCUACAAAGGGAGGAAGUACAUAAUUUCUCUAGAUAUUUCAUAAGGCAUCCUGGUCAUCAAGGAUCUUGAGUCUGAAUACAGACUUAAAAUACAUUCAGAUCUUGUAACUGAUGGGCAAUGGUAUCUCCAUAUAAUUCUGCUUCUCUUAUUUCAUCAGUGUUUGAAGGUAGAAAUUGUCCUAGGUUAUUUGGGAAAUCAGAAGAGACAGAGGAACUUUGGUGGUGAGAGCACUGAUGGAAUUUGAAGCUGUGGCUAUGUGAAGAUAACCACUGUCCUAGUAACUUGUUGGAACCUCUUUUUGCCUGUCCUUGCCUAUUGCAAAUGAAGGUGAUACUGCUGUUUUCCUGCUCAUUGAUAGCUUUCUUUGAGAUAAUUGUGACCUGGUACCAUUUUAGUGUUCCUCCUGUCCUACCUCAUUUCAGUUCCUGUACCAGUCAGGUGCUGUGCAGAUGCUUCAAACCUACACCAGAUUUUCCACUGGGAUCAUCUCUUCCUCAAAAACUGUUGUUAUAGCUGCCCAUUCCAUCCUGUGGUACAUCCCUCUGUACAGCAAAAAUAGGAAAUGAGAGUCACCUGCACUGUUCAUAUUGUCUGUAACAGGCUCUUUGGCCACUACAUGCCAAUGUGUUUUCUCUUGGUAGCAGAACUUGCACCUAAUCUGCUGUACACGUGACCACACACGUACGGCUGUGGAGUCCAGCAUGUACAGUUUGUUUUGUAAACGGAACAAGGUGACUCUAGACAAAGGGUAGCAUUUGUUCCACCUUGCAUGUGGUGGACGCUUCCAGUGGAUGAGUGGCAUCUUGCUUGGAUUGCAAGUUCCGGUGCAGCUGAAGAAUUCCAUAGCAGGUGGCAUUCUGCUGAGGUGACAUUACUGCUAAGCAUGUUCAGUGCAAACAAAACCUUCAACAAGAGCAUCAAUAAAAUUAAUUUUUACAUGUCA